AGAAUUGCAUCUGCCUAAAUCCACCUUCAGUCUAUUUAGGCUUUGCCAUGUGAGCCAUUUGGAAUUGGAGCCAGAUGCGAGCUGCUCACUGGGGGUGAUUCCUCGCCGGCUACUGAUGUUAGCGGUGACUGGGUAGCACACUAAGGUCAAUGAGUUCAUAGCGCAGUAUGCUAACCAAUGCGUCACUUCCCGCCUGUAUUUGUAUUAUAGAUCCAUAAUGCUGUAUAUUGGCUGGAUAGCAGUGGCGCAGUGGUCAGCGGCACUCCACAAAAUCCAUGGCUAUUAGUAGCGGCACUCCACAAAAUCCAUGGCUAUUAGUAGCGAAUUAUAACUGAACCGGUCCUGCACCUCCCCAGAUCACAAAUUUGCACUGACCAGCAUGGCAAAGUAUGGUUAAACAACCCCCGUCACCAACAGGGUGCGGCGAGACCUUCACCCAGCAGUGGAUUGACAGAGUCAUGUAAAUAGAAACUAAAUCUACGAUGGAAGGACCAAUUUAAUCGGAAUAUUAUCUGACAUCCUUUGUUCAUUGUUUGGCGUUCUGCAUCACUUUCCAUUAGUGGCAGCGGCCGCAUUUUUUGACAUCACGCGUCUCAUCCCCUGGGGGCACUUUUCCCAAAUCCUUCCCUUAAACCUUAUGUUGGGUUGAGCGCGCCCAGUGACAGAGCCCUGUAAAGCCACGCAGUCGGCCCGCCUUCCCGCGGUAAGACCCCACCUCCGUUCUGCCCCCACACCCCCUCGACCUCCCGCGGGGCUCUUUAAAACUCAGAACUCCUUGUCAAGGAAUGUGCUUCGGCUUUUUUUUGGGUUCUGUCUCCGCUGCUCCUGGCAAACUCUUGCAGCAGACACAGCCGCGGCUGCUGUGCACUGAAAGCAGCAGCAGCAGUAGCUCGGGAUCAGCCUUUAAUACGUUCGCGUCAAUUCCUCCACCACUGGGGGUUUUAAAUUGGGUUAUUCGUUACUAUAGUGCACGGUCGUUCAUUCAGAUUCCAUCGGCAGAAAUUUAUCGGUUUGUGUUUACAUGCGGGGGAGACUUUCCAGGGUCUUUAGGAAGACCGAAGAAUUCGCUGUCCCUAAGUUCAUCAUCUCUCCGAAGGUCACUCGUUAACGCCGACAUCAUCAUCUCAAAAAGCCCUUCUGUCCCCUGCAAGCAAACGCUGGCCGUGUCGACGCAGCGUGCACACGCCCGCCCACGCGGCUUGAUUCCCGCAUCCGUUGCUGUUCUUGCAAGCUGCGGGCUCCAUCCCUGGACGGUGCUGAAUGAAGUCGACGUGAGGGGAUGCAAGGGACACCUCCCCUAAAUUCUGCGAACUCUCCGCGCAUGGCGGCUCUCAGGAGGAGCAGGACGAUGGGGCUGACGUUUGUGGCCCGGUCGAUGCCCUGCUCAUCCGCGCCAUCGCGCCUUCCACUGCUGCCCCUGCUGCUACUUCUGGUCUCCGCUGUUGGCCAGGGGAGUUCGGAAGCCGGAGGGCGGCCGGACGAGGGGGCCUCCACGCUGGCGUUUGUGUUCGACGUGACGGGGUCCAUGUACGACGACUGGGUGCAGGUGAUCGAGGGGGCCUCCCGCAUCCUGGAGACGUCGCUCAGCCGCCCCGAGAAGACGCUCCACAACUUCGCUCUCGUCCCCUUCCACGACCCGGACGUGGGGCCAGCCAGCAUCACCACCGACCCGGGGCGGUUCCAGAAGGACCUGCGAGACCUCUACGUGCAGGGUGGCGGAGAUUGCCCGGAGAUGAGCGUGGGAGCGGUGCGCCUGGCGCUGGAGGUCUCCCUCCCAGGCUCCUUCAUCUACGUGUUCACCGACGCGCGAGCCAAGGACUACCGCCUCACGGCUGACGUGCUGCAGCUCAUCCAGCACAAGCAGUCGCAGGUGGUGUUUGUUCUCACGGGCGACUGCGGGGAUCAGAGCCACCCGGGGUAUCGCUCCUACGAGGAGAUCGCCUCCACCAGCUCGGGCCAGGUCUUCCACCUCGACAAGAAGCAAGUGAAUGAGGUCCUCAAGUGGGUGGAAGAGGCCGUGCAGGCCUCUAAGGUUCACCUCCUGUCCACCGACCACGAGGAGACGGGCCACCGCUCCUGGACCGUGCCCUUUGACCCCAGUCUGCGGGAGGUCACCGUGUCUCUGAGCGGAGCAGCCCCCGAGGUGGAACUCUGGGACCCGAGCGGCAAGCAGAUCAAGCAGGAAACUGGACUGAGUGAGCUCCUGCACCUGCCCAACUCGGCACUCAUUGUCAGCGUCAAACUACCCACGCCCGGACUCUGGACCAUCAAGAUCACAAGCUCCGGGCGCCACUCGGUCCGCGUCACGGGGCUGAGCACCAUCGAUUUCCACGCCGGCUUCUCCCGCACGGCCACCGAUGACUACGGCCGCACGGAGCGACGGCCCGUCCUAGGCCUGCCGACGCACAUGCUGCUGAACGUGACGGGGCUGCGCGUGCCGGGCCGCGCCGAGCGCGUCGAGCUGCUGACACCAUGCGGGCGCCCACUUAAGGGCCUGCCCGUCGCGCCGGCCGCCACGGCGCCCUGGGGCAUCUGGAGGGUGGCGCAGUUCGUGUCGCCCUCCGAGAAGUUCUUUGUGCGAGUGUCGGGCGUCGAUCGGGCCGGAUUCUCCUUCCAGCGAUACUCCAGCGUGGCUUUCUCUAACAUCGUGCCCGAUCUCCCGCGCGUGCGGAUGGCCGAGUGGACGGCGGCGUUCUACCUGCAGGCGGUCGCCAUCACCUGCUCCGUGGAGUCGCUCAUCCCCUACACGCUGCGCUUCACUCGCAACGGCGCCCCGCUCGGUCGGGAGAACUUUCUCAAGGAGUCCGGCAGCGCGAGCUGGGAGAUCGGCAAGGCGACGGCGCGCGACGAGGGCCGCUACGAGUGCGUGGCCGUGAGCCAGGCCGGGGCCGGACACGCCGCCACCUACCUGCAGAUCACCGAGCCGGCCCCGGAGGUUCGGGCCCUCGGCAACGUGACGGUUGCUCCCGGCGAGACGGCGACGCUCUCUUGCCGCGUCGGGGGUCAAGAUGUGAGCUACAACGUGACGUGGACGCGGCACGUGGCACAUCGAGGAACGCCGCCGCACCCCGUCGACGCCCUGGCGCUCCUGGGCGGACGCGGCCGCUCGCCGUCGCCGGACAGCGGCGCGGGGAGACGAGCGACGCUGCAGAUCCGUGACGCUCGACGCGGGGACGCCGGCCGCUACGACUGCACCGCGUCCAACCGCGGCGGGGCCAGCACCGCGUCCGUGUGGCUCCACCUCGACGACCUCCCCAGGGCGGCCGUGUCGCCUCCCUCCCAGACGUUCGUGGCGGGCGCCGAGGUGCGGGUGGCGUGCCGGGCGGCGGGACACCCGGCCCCGGCGGUCACGUGGGCGCACGGAGACGCCGACGUCGUCGACUCUGCCAGGCGCUCGGUGCUGUCGGAUGGCACGCUGCUCCUCAGGGCAGCGGCGCGGCUCGACGCCGGCUCCUACACCUGCACGGCAAGGAACCGUGCCGGGACGCAUAGCCAGACCGCCGUGCUCACCUACACAGGUGAGCAGGGGCACGCGCACGGCGGAUCUCCGCCCCCGCGGGGCGCUCGCGACGGUCAGCUGGCUUGGUGGCGUGAACCGCGGUGUUCUUAUGCCGGGGCAUCUCAGGGCAACUUAGAUCGCACAUCUCAUCUCAGACAUUUCAAAGGGGCACCCUGCCCCCCCUCCUCCCCACUGUGGCAUCUGUCCCUGUGUGGGGUCAAUGCCGUGAAUGCCCCGUCGUCUCCUCCGCGUCUCUCGUCCCCAGAGCUGCCCUCGGUCGUCCCGGUGAGCGCCGAGGUGCUGGUCGCGCGGGGAGCAUCGGCGCGUCUCGAGUGCCGCGCCACGGGCUCGCCCGCGCCGCGCUUCACCUGGCACAGAGGCGGCACGGAGCUGCGCGCGGGACCGCGGGUGGAGGUGGACGGCGACAGCGGCGCGCUCACGCUGCAUGCCGUGGGGGACGAGGACGCGGGGGACUACACGUGCCGAGCGAGCAACCUGGCCGGGUCCUCGUCCGCCUCGUGCCGCCUCACGCUGGGAGUUGCCCCGCGCGUGGCGCCAAGCCCGGCCGUGGUGAGCGUGGCGGAGGGGCAGCAGCUCUCGCUGCCCUGCGUCGUGCUCGCUGCCCACCCGCUGCCCCGGAGAGAGUGGUUCAAGGACGGCCGCAGACUGGUGUCGGACGGGCGCGUCACGGUGCGCACCGACGGCAGCGUCCACGUGCAGGGGGCGACGGCGCGCGACGCCGGCCGCUACUCCUGCCUCGCCACCAACCUGGCCGGCACCGCCAACAAGACGGUCACGGUGAACGUGUGGGUCGCCCCAAGGAUCACGACGAGUGGAGACAGCGUGAGCGCCAUCGAGGGCGUCGCGCUCACCCUGGCCUGCGCCGCUCAGGGUCAGCCUCCUCCCGUCGUCACGUGGGCCAAGGGACGGGAGCCAAUUUUUCCGCACGACUCCGGCUACCGCGUUGUGGCCGAGGGGCUGCGUCUCCCAGCCCCGACGGCGCGGGACUCGGACGUCUACACGUGCACGGCGAGCAGCCCGGCCGGCACGGCGACGGCGCAGGUCCACCUCACCGUGUACGUGAAGCCACGCAUGCAUGGCGGCGGUGGUGGUGGCGGCGGUGGUGGUGGAGGAGGAGGCGAGGACACCGAGUCGAGACGGAAGGCCCUCUCCGGCGAAGACGUCGUUCUGCCGUGCGAUGCCGAGAGCUUCCCCCCUCCCACCUUCGCCUGGAACAAGGACGGACAUCCGGUCGGCACAGGCCUCUCGUCUCGGCAAACGAUCCUGGAGUCCGGCUCUCUUCAGAUCAGCCGUGCCAAGAGCUCCGAUAGCGGCGUCUACGCGUGCAUCGCCUCCAACGUAGCCGGGAACGUCACGCGCGAGUUCCACCUCACGGUGCUCGUACCGCCCCGGAUCCAGCGCAUCCCCACGGCGCUCAAGGUCCGCGCUGGUCACAUGACGGACGUGCCCUGCACGGCGCUGGGGGAGCCGAGCCCGAGCGUCUCGUGGGUGCGGGCGGACGGCUCGGACGUGGUGGUGGCCGCGAUGCCAGGGUCAUCGCCGGGAUCGGCGUCGGCACGGCUCCUCAUCCCACGCACGCGCGCCGAGGACGCCGGCUCCUACCGAUGCGUGGCCGUGAGCGUGGCCGGGCGGGACCAGGCUGACCUCCACCUGCAGGUCCUCGAGCCCCCGUCCAUCGUGGAGUCGGCCGACGGCUCAGUGCAGCACAGCGUCAUCAACGAGAGGGUCACCCUGCCCUGCACAGCCACCGGUGUGCCGCCCCCCGUGGUGAAGUGGCUGCACGACGGCGCUGAGGUGACGGGGCUGGAGCCGGGCGUCAUCCUCGCCGACGACGGCGCCCUCGUGCUGCCCUCGGCGGCGCCGGCGCACGCCGGCCGCUACGCGUGCCUCGCCGUCAACGAGGCCGGCAUCGCCGAGCGAGCCGUGCAGCUCCUCGUGGCCGUUCCGCCGCUGAUCUUGGCCUCGGACCGAGUGACCAACGUCUCGAUCGUCGUGCUGCACCCCGUGACGCUGGAGUGUGACGCAUCGGGUUUGCCGGCGCCCGUACUCACAUGGCACAGGGCCGCCGUGCCGCUGGUGGCGGGGGUUGGCGUGCAGCUGUUAAACGGCGGGCGGCUGCUGCGGCUCUCCAGCGUGGCGCAGGAGGACUCGGGGAGCUACACGUGCCGCGCCGACAAUGCCGCCGGCACCGCGGAGAGGGUCUACUACCUCCACGUGCUCGUUCCACCUUCAGUAACGGGCGCUGGUGAAGUCACGGAGGUGGCGGUCGACGUGAGUGGCAAAAUCAGCCUGGAGUGCCAGGCAGCCGGAAACCCACCUCCCAGCAUGCACUGGUACAAGGACGGCAACAGGAUCGUGGCGAGCGGGGAUCCCCGCGUGGCCGUUGCGGGCCCCUCGGGGGAGACGCUGCGUAUCCACGGAGCCCGCCUUUCUGACCAAGGCCUCUACGUCUGCACGGCCAUCAACUCCGCGGGCCGGAACGGCCGCGAGUUCUCACUCACCGUGCACGUUGCUCCGAGUAUCCGCGGGGGAGAUAACGGAACAGGGGAGGUCACGGUGCUGCUGAACGGCGCCGCGACGAUGGACUGCGACGUCCUGGGCAUCCCCGCGCCCUCCGUCACGUGGCUCAAAGAUGGCCACUCGAUCGGCGCGGGGGGCGGCAGGGUUACGACCCCAGCGAGGGGGCGGCAGCUGCAGGUGUCGGGGGUCCAGCCGUCGGACGCCGGGCGCUACACCUGCCGCGCCACAAACCCCGCUGGCGAGGCUGAGAGGUCCUACACCCUCCACGUGCACGGUACGCCACGAUCGCUCGCUCUCCCGUCACGCGUGUGUCAACCGCUAUCAUCUGAAAUGUAUCCGUGGUUCGCGGGUCCACAAAGUUUGGGAACCUCUUCUCCAGAGGCCCUUCCCGCCUGCAGUGGCACGAGCAAGCAAUUGCAGGGGUGCCCCUUGACCUACGGAGUGACAUCACCUACUUGCGAUGCAGCGGCCCCGCGGAUCGAGGAGGGCGCGCGAGAGCACCGCGUGUUGGCGGGCGGCUCCCUGGCGCUCGACUGCCACGCCGACGGCCGCCCCCCGCCGCGCGUGGCCUGGCUGCGGGAUGGAUCGCCGCUCGGGCCCGGGUCCCCGCUGGGUCCCGGCCGACCCCCGGGGGGUUCGAGGCUGAGCCUGAGCGACGUGUCGCCCGCCGACGCCGGGGAAUACGCGUGCGUGGCCACCAACGUGGCCGGCGAGAGCACGCGGCUCUACACCGUGAAGGUCCUCGUGCCGCCCAAGAUGACCGGGAACAGCACUCCGACGGAAAGGUCCGUCAUUCUCAACGCACCGCUCACGCUGGAGUGUCCCGUCAGCGGAAACCCAACGCCGGACAUCAGGUGGUUGAAGGACGGCGAGCCGGCGGGGCUGGGCGACGCGGCGGUGCGGGUCUCCGCCGGGGGGCGGACGCUGCAGGUGGCGCGGGCCCAGGCGUCGCACGCGGGGCGCUUUGCGUGCGUCGCGCGCAACGAGGCCGGGGAGAGCAGCGGCGAGUUCCGCGUCGCCGUGCAGGUGCCCCCGUCGGUGCGGGUGCUGGGCCAGGCGGAGCGGGCGGUGCUGCUGGGACGGCAGCUCACGCUGCAGUGCACCACCACGGGGCUGCCCCCGCCGCUCGUCGCGUGGCUCAAGGACGGCCGACCCCUCUCCCCCGGGCGGGGUCACGUCAAGCUGGAAGCAGGAAACCGCACCCUGCAGGUUCUGCGGGUGCUGCCCGAGGACGGCGGGCGCUACGCCUGCGUGGCCACCAACGCGGCGGGCGAGAGCCAGCACGGCCUACGGGUGCAGGUGCACGAGCCUCCAAGCAUUGAGAGCGGCGGCGAGGUGGAGCGCAGGGACAGCGUCGUGCUCAACCAGCCGCUCUCCCUCGAGUGCGUCGCAUCCGGGAACCCCCCGCCUGCGCUCGCGUGGUACAAGGACGGGCAGCCGCUGACGCCCAUGGCCGGCGUGGAGGUGGCGCCGGGCGGCCGCGAGCUGCGCGUGGAGAGCGCCCAGCUGUCGGACGGCGGCCGCUACGCGUGCCGUGCGACCAGCGUGGCGGGCGUGGCCGAGAGGGCCUUCCGAGUGCGCGUCAUGGUGCCGCCCAGCGUGACGGGGGGCAGCCCCCCGCUGCUCACGGCCCUGGUGAACGAGGCGGUGCGGCUGGAGUGCGACGCGCACGGAGACCCCACGCCCGGGGUCACCUGGCUUAAGGACGGCAGCCCCCUGGCCAGCGUGUCAGGGCGCGUGCAGGUGCUGUCGGAGGGCAGGGCCUUGGCGCUAGCGGCUGCUGGCCUGUCUGACGGCGGCCGCUACGUGUGCGUGGCGCUGAACGAGGCCGGAGAGGACCGCCGCUCCGUCGAGCUGCGCGUCUACGUGCCGCCCAACAUCGUGGGCGAGGAGCAGAACGUGUCGGUGGUGCUGGGGCGGCCGCUGCGGCUGGAGUGCCGCAGCGAGGCGGUGCCGCCCCCCACCGUCGCGUGGCUCCGGGACGGCCGCCCCCUGCUCGCCGCGGCCGGCGUCGAGCUCUCGCAGGCCGGCAGCGUCCUGCAGAUCGGCAGCGCGCGCAUCCAGGACACGGCGUGGUACACGUGCGAGGCGUCCAACGUGGCCGGGAAGACACGGCGCAACUUCAACGUGGAGGUGUUCGUGCCGCCACUCAUCCGCGGCCCGGAGGGGUCCGGUCACGUGACCUCCACGGAGGGGGCGACCGUCAGCCUGGUGUGCGAGGCCAGCGGAAUUCCCCCCCCGAUGCUCACCUGGGCCAAAGACGGUGUGCGCGUCUCGGAGAACGAGGGCCGCGUGCGUCUCGUCUCGGGGGGCCGUGUGCUGCUCAUCUCCUCCAGCGUCCGCGCCGACAGCGGGGCCUACUCCUGCGAGGCCUCCAACACGGCCGGGCGUGACCACAAGGCAUUCUCCCUGCAGGUCCACGUUCCUCCGACAAUGCCGGGCAGCGGCGGCCGCCCCACGGAGUUGGUGACGCUGCGGGGGCGCGACGUCAGCCUCGAGUGCGACGUCUCCGGCGAGCCGAAGCCGAGCGUCGUGUGGAGCAAAGACGGCCGCCCCGUCUUGCCGCCGCCGUCCGGAUCCGGCCCGAAUUCCGCCGCCGGCGCCGCGGGGCCCCCGGCUCCGCGCUCCGGGUCCCGCGCGUCGGCUCUGGAGGAGGGCCGCGUGCUGCGCCUGCGCGGCGUCCAGAUCUCGGACACGGGCCGCUACACCUGCGUGGCGCGCAACGUCGCGGGGCAGGCGGAGAAAAAGAUCGACCUGAUCGUGCAGGUUCCUCCCACAAUCCCCGGCGAGGCGGGCGCCGUGGAGAAGGUUACGGCCGUGGUGGACGGCGCCGUGUCGCUUACCUGCGAGGCCUCGGGGUUCCCGCCGCCGGCCAUCGCGUGGAGGAGAGAGGGGCGGCCGCUGGUGCACGGGGGCCAUGCACGCAUCCUUUCGGGAGGUCGCGUGCUGCGUCUGAGCCGCGUGUCAGAGAGCGACGGUGGCGACUACUCCUGCGUGGCCUCCAACCCCGCGGGCGAGGAAGGCCGACGCUUCCACCUGGAGGUGCUUGUGCCCCCGCGUAUACAGCAGCACAGCGACACUGGCGAUGUGAAGGUGAAAGAGCACGGGAACGUGACGCUGGCCUGCGAAGCCACGGGAAACCCGCUGCCCUCUAUCUCGUGGCUUAAGGAUGGUCAUCCAAUCACGGCGAGCGACAGGAUUCAUGUGACCUCGAUGGGCCAAUCGCUGACCGUCCUGAGAAUUGGGAUUAUGGAUGGCGGGAAGUACACCUGCAUGGCAUCUAACCUUGCCGGGGACGCAGGAAAAGACUUCUAUUUGCACGUCCUCGUGAUGCCGAGCAUCGCCGGCGGGGACUGGGCCGGAUCCGGAGGCGCGGGCGGGCCCGGGGGGGCGGCCGAGGAGGUGUCGGUGGUGGUGAGCAACCCCACGGCGCUGGUGUGCGAGGCGCACGCAGUGCCGCCCCCCGUGCUCACGUGGCUCAAGGACGGCGCUCCCCUGCAGCUCACGGACAACAUGCGCAUGCUGCCCGGCGGGAGAACGCUGCAGAUCGUGAGCACGCGGGAGAUCGACUCGGGCGUCUACACGUGUGUAGCGACGAACGAGGCAGGGGAAAUCCUCAAGCACUACCAGCUGCAGGUCUUCAUUCCGCCGGUCAUCAGGAAGGCCGACGGGGCGUUACUGGGCUCGGGGUCGCUGGAGCUGAAGCUGCGAGUGAACAGCAGCCUGGCGCUGGAGUGCGACACGCUGGCACUGCCACCGCCCACCAUCGCCUGGUACCGCGAUGGGCAGCCCCUGGAGUCGGACGAGCGCGUGGACAUAGCGGAGGGCGGCCGCUCGCUGCGCAUCGCUCGCACUCGCCUCGCUGACGCCGGCCGCUACACCUGCGUCGCCUCCAACGCCUACGGCCAGGAUGACCUCGACUUCCUCGUCUCCGUGCAAGUGCCCCCGAGCCUCCAGCGCUGGUACGAGUGGAGCGAGGCCCAGGAGGAGGGCCCCACGCUGGUGUGGGAGGGCGGCUCGGAGACGCGCACGGUCGUGCAGGACGGCCAGCUGUCCCUGCCGUGCGAGACCAACGCCGUGCCGCCCCCCACGCUCACGUGGCUCAAGGACGGCCGCCCCCUCGCCCCCACCGCCCGCCUCAUGAUCCACCCAGGAGGUCACAUGCUGCAGAUUAUGAUGGUGAAAGCAGAGGAUUCUGGGAGGUACACGUGUGUGGCCGUGAACGAGGCCGGGGAGGACUCCAUACACUACGACCUGCAUGUCCUCAUCUGGCCCACGAUCGCGGGGGGCUCGGGAGGCCUCCCGGUGGACGUGACGGUGACGGUGAACGGCUCGGCGCGGCUCGAGUGCGUGCCGGACGGCGUGCCGCCGCCCUCCCUGUCGUGGCUCCGAGACUCUCGGCCUCUGCCGAAGAGCGGAGGCCGAACGCUGACCGAGCUCACGUCCCUGCAGAUUCACCCGGUGCAGGUGGGCGACGCGGGCCGCUACUCCUGCGUGGCCGAGAACUCGGUGGGGCGAGCCGAGAAGCUCUUCAACCUCAACGUGCACCUGCCUCCGUUCGUGGAGGGCCCCAGCCCGGCUCAGGUGGGCGUCGUGGUCAACAACUCGGCGUCGCUCGUUUGCAACGCAUCCGGAUUCCCGCCGCCCGCCCUCGCCUGGCUCAAGGACGGAGUUCCCGUGCAGCCAUCGCGAGCCAUCUUCAUCGCGCCCGGAGGCCGCGUGCUGCAGAUCCCGCGUGUCAAACUGUCGGACAGCGGGAGGUUCACCUGCGUCGCCUCCAACGCGGCCGGCCGCCACGAGAAGGACACCCGGCUGAGCGUGCACGUGCCGCCCAGCAUCCGCAACUCGGGCGGAGCGGGGGGCCCCGCGCCGGCCGUGACGAGCGUCCGCGCGGGGCAGCCCCUGGCGCUGGAGUGCGCCGCCGAGGCGUCGCCGCCGCCCCUCGUCGCCUGGUUCCACAACGGGCGCCGCGUGGGCGACUCGGAGGGAGUCGUCCUGCGGGAGGACGGGCAGCUGCUGCAGGUGGCACGAGCCCAGGUGUCACACUCGGGCCACUACGUGUGCAAGGUGUCCAACGUGGCGGGCGAAGUCGACCAAGGCUUCAUUGUCAGCGUCAACGUUCCCCCCAGCAUCGAAGGCCCCCCGGAGGAGUCUGUGACCGAGAUUUUGGGAAAUCCCACAAUCCUCGGCUGUGACGCCGCCGGCGUCCCCCACCCCGCCGUCUCCUGGCAACGAAAUGGCUUCUCUAUUGGAAGCACAAACUCGCUGGAGAGACAGGUGCUGUCGGGCGGCAGCCGCCUGCAGAUCUCGCGAGUCCACGUGUCGGACGCGGGCGUUUACUCCUGCGUGGCCACCAACUCGGAGGGGGAGGCCCGCAAGCGCUACACCCUCACCGUGCUGGUGCCGCCCCGGAUCUCGGGCUCGGAGCUGCCCAGCGACGUGAACGUGGUGGUCGGAGAGGACGUGCCGCUACGGUGCUCGGCCUCCGGGCAGCCCAGCCCGGCCGUGCGCUGGCUGCACGACGGGCGGCCGCUCGCCGGCGCUGCCGGCGCUCGCAUCCGCAUCUCGAAGGACGACGCGGUGCUGACCAUUGCGAGCGUGGAAAUCUCGGACAGUGGGAAGUACACGUGCGUGGCGACCAACGCGGCCGGAGAGGAGGAGCGAAUCUACACGCUGCACGUCCACGUUCCACCAGUGGUGGAGGGGGUCUUGGACCAGCCCCUGGAGGUCUUGGCCCCCCUGGAUGGGCCGGUGAGCCUGGAGUGCAUGUCCACUGGCUCACCGCCCCCCCAGCUUUCCUGGCUGAAGGACGGGCUGCCCCUGCCGCUGUCUGCCCACACAAUGCUGCUCUCUGCCGGGCAGGUGCUCAGGAUCGCCCGAGUGCAGGCGUCGGACAGUGGCACGUACACGUGCGUGGCCUCCAACCGUGCCGGCAUCACCCAGAGAGAAUUCACCCUCCGGGUACAAGUGCCCCCUCUGCUGGAGGGCGCGGGAGACACGGAGGAGCUGCAGGUGCUGGCCGGCGCGUCCGUCACGCUGGCAUGCGAGGCCACCGGCUCUCCGCCGCCGAUGCUCACCUGGCUGCACGAGGGCCGGCAGCUCUACCCGCCCGGUGGUGGCGGCGGCGGCGGCGGCGUCAUGUCGGCGCCCGCGAAGCCCGAGACCUCGGCCUUUCCUAGUGAAGAGGGCCUGCUGGUGCAGAUCGCGAACGCCUCGCCCACGGACGCCGGAGUGUACAGCUGCGUGGCCGUGAAUGCGGCCGGACAGACCAGCAAGCACUUCCUCCUCACCGUGCAGGAGCCGCCGGUGAUCGAGGGGUUGGAGGAGGAGGAGGAGGCGCGGGAGCUCAACGUGCUGCUGGGGGGCUCCUUGGAGCUGACGUGCGUGGCCGCAGGCAGCCCCCCACCUAGCCUCACGUGGCUGAAGGACGGUCGCCCCCUGCCUCAUGCGCAGGGUCUCACUGUGCUUCCGGGGGGGCAGACCCUGCGCAUCGCCAGCGCCACGGUGGAGCAUGGUGGCCGGUAUACCUGCCUGGCCUCCAGUCCUGCAGGCGACACAGAGAAGGAAUUUCUUGUCCAAGUGCACGUGCCCCCCAACAUUGCGGGCAGCGUGGAGUUGCAGGACGUGAGCGUGACGCGCGGCGGGCAGGUGUCGCUCGAGUGCCGGUCGGACGCGUCGCCCCCACCCACGCUCGCCUGGCUCAAGGACGAUGAACCCCUGCAGGCGUCCCCCCGCGUGAGGAUCCUCGCGAGCGGCCGCUACGUCCAGAUCAGCGGCGCGGACGCGGAGGACGCAGGCCGCUACGUGUGCGUCGCCUCCAACGUCGCCGGCAGCUCGUCGCGCACCUUCACGCUCGCCGUGCUGGUGAGCCCCAGCGUCGUGGGGGGCCCCGGCGAGGUGAGCGUGCAUCUCGGGGGGGCGGCCGUGCUCCCGUGUACUGCAAUGGGAUCCCCGCCUCCCACCCUCAGCUGGAGGAAGGACGGGGCCCUCCUCUCGGACGACAAUGCCAGGUUCACGCUGCUGCCGGACGGAUCAUUGGAGGUGGUGUCGGUGCGAGCGAGCGACGCGGGGACGUACGCGUGCGUCGCCUCCAACGCGGCCGGAUCGGACCGCGUCACCGUCACGCUCACCGUACUCGUGCCCCCAGGGAUCGCACGAGGCCCCACGAACGUCACGGCCCUUGUGGGGGGCCAGGCCACCCUCAGCUGCGAGGCCUCCGGCCUACCCAAGCCUGCUGUCUCCUGGAAGAAAAACGGCCGCCCCUUCGGUGUGGACAGGCUGCAAAUCACGCACAGGCUGCUGUCUACAGGAUCACUGCAUUUCGCGUCGGCAGACCCCGAAGACACGGCUCAGUACGAAUGCACAGCAGCUAAUGAGGUCGGGGAAGAGCGGAUCACCAUUGACUUCACCGUGCUAGUACCCCCGUCGAUCGCGGACGAGGCCGACGACCUGGUGGUGACGCACGGCUCCCCCGUGCUGCUCACGUGCCACGCGAGCGGAGCGCCCGAGCCCAGCGUGCACUGGAGCAAGGACGGCACACGUCUGCCCAACGCCGGCGACGGAUUUGCCGUGCUGUCCACCGGUACGGUGGAGGUUUCGGCGGCCAUGCCGAGCCACGCGGGCCGCUACACGUGCACCGCACGCAACGCGGCGGGCACGGCGCACCGGCACGUCUCCCUCACCGUGCAGGGGCCCCCCAUCGUGACGGUGCCCCCCUCGGCCGUGGAGGCUACGCUGCACUCGCGCACCACGCUCUCCUGCGAGGCCUCGGGCAGGCCGCAGCCUACGCUGUCCUGGCAAAGGGAGGGCGUCGACAUCGUUAGCGGCGGCCGGUUCUUAGUGCAGCCGGGCGGCUCGCUGCACAUCUCGCAGGUGGCGCUGUCCGACGGCGGCACAUACGUGUGCGUGGCGCAGAACGCCGCCGGCACCGUGCUGGCCAAGGUCAAGCUGCUGGUGCAUGUCCCCCCGGCGAUGAGGCCCUCGGCGCGGGAACCGGUGGUCGUCUCCGGCGCGGUUGCGAUCCUCCCGUGCGCCGCCGAUGGCAGCCCGGCACCCGAGCUGGCGUGGCUGGGCCCGGACGGCCGCUCCGUGCGGCGCGACGGCGCCCGUCACCGCGUCCUGAGCAACGGCUCGCUACAGGUGGGGCCGGCGCGGCCCAGCGACGCCGGCCGCUACACCUGCACUGCCUCCAAUGCAGCUGGGACUGCCAGCGUGGACGUGAUGCUGACCGUGCACAGUGAGUGGCCGCUCCGCGUUUCUGCGCGUCGAUGCAUCCGAAAGGAUGUCCGCUGUGAGGCUGCAGCAAUGAAAUCAGUUUGUGCGCAGGUGCGGGAUGGAUUAUUAUAUCGCAAGGUCGUAAGAGGUAGCAGUGGCCAGGGAAGGUCUUCAUCCAUCAGUGGAUUGAUCAUUUUAUUGCACUGCAAGUAUGAAGUUCUGUGUUCCCCUCCGAGCGUCCGCGGCGCGGCCGGAAGCAGCGGUGGAGGCGGUGCGGGGGCGAGCCUCGUGGUCACCGAGGGCUCGCGCACCGUGCUGCCCUGCUCAGCCGACGGGAGCCCCGCGCCGAAACUGUCGUGGCGACGCGACGGCGAUGUCCUCCGCGAGCGGCCGGGCAAGUUCACCGUCCUGCAGGCCGGGGAUCUCAUCCUGGACGAUGUGCAGGUGGGCGACGGCGGGGAGUACGCGUGCGUGGCCACGAGCGUGGCGGGCAGCGACGCGCGGGCCACCCGCCUCGUCGUGCACGCCCCCCCGGCCUUCACGGAGAGGCCCGGCGACGUGUCGGUGGGGCGCGGCGAGCAGCUCACCCUCACCUGCGCCGCCACGGGAAUCCCCGCGCCCACGCUCACCUGGAGCUUCAACAACCGCGGCCUGCCCGCGCGCGUGGACGAGGAGCGCGGGGUGAGCGAGGUCACGAUCGAGCGCGCCACAAAGGACGACUCCGGCACGUACGUGUGCACGGCCGAGAACGAGGUGGCCUCCAUCCGCGCCAUCGGCUUCGUCUACGUCAAGGAGGCCCCGGUGUUCCGGGGAGACCUGCACCCCAGCAUGGUGGAGGCCAUGGGCGGCAACGCCAUCCUGGAUUGCGAGGCGCGGGGGGACCCCCCUCCCAGCAUCCACUGGAGCCGCAUGGGGGGCGCCAUGCCCGGCAGCAACCGUGUGCGGCAGCUGCACAACGGCUCGCUCGCGAUCUACGGCACCGUGAGCGAGGACUCGGGCGACUACAAGUGCGUGGCGACCAACGACGCGGGUGCGGUGGAGCGCAUGGUCACCCUCACCAUCCAGAGGGCGCCCUCGUUCGUGGCCGAGCCCAGGGACGAGGUGGUGGAGGCCGGCGGUCGCGUGUCCCUGCCGUGCCGGGCCGACGGGCGGCCGCGCCCCGCCGUGGAGUGGACUCGGGACGGCCGCCCCCUCCCGGCCGGCGACCCCCGCGUCUCGGUGCUGCCGGACGGCACGCUCGCCGUGGAGGCGGCGCGGCCCGGCGACGCGGGGCGAUACGAGUGCGUUGCGCGCAACCUCCUCGGAUCGGCGCUCACGGGGGCCACGGUCAGCGUGAGAGUGCACGGCGCCUACUCCGCGUGGCAGGAUUGGAGUCCGUGUACGGGGACGUGCGGCGACGGCGUCCGCGAGCGUGUGCGGUCGUGCGACAACCCCGCGCCGGCGAACGGGGGACGCCGGUGCGAAGGCCCGGCCUCCGAGACGCAGCCCUGCCAUCACGCCGUGCCGUGUCCCGGUGAGAUGGGCCAGGCGCCGCCGUGCCUCCAUCAUCGCCUGACGCACGCACCUCCGAUUAGCACGGUUGGCUGCGUACGGUGCGAAAGAAGUUCAACACGCACGCAUACGUGCUCAUCACUCGCUCAAUCGCUCACUCGCUCGCUCGCUCACCUAUUCGGCUACUCACGCACCCCAUGGACGGACAACCACCACCCACUAAAUGACUCCCUCGGUGGCUCACUCACCCACUCACUCGGCUAUUCACCGCAGCGACACAACUGCCCACCUACGCCCCCUCCUCUCCAACAUGCAUCCACAGUGGACGGGCGGUGGAGGGCGUGGGCCGAGUGGGGAGACUGCUCGCCGGGCUGCGGCCACGGGGAGCGCGAGCGGAGCCGCACCUGCAGCAGCCCCGCGCCGCAGCACGGCGGCCGGCCCUGCUCAGGCCUCGCCGUGGAGGUGGCCCCCUGCUUCACUCGGCCCUGCCCUGUUGACGGCGGUUGGGCCACGUGGGGAUACUGGUCGACCUGCACUACCUCCUGCGGCGGGGGAACACGGCGUCGGCAGCGCACGUGCUCAGUCCCAGCGCCAAAGCACGGCGGAUCGCUCUGCGCGGGCAGCGAUUCCGUGGUGGAGCCGUGCAACGAAGAUUCGUGUCCCGUGCACGGCGCGUGGUCCCCCUGGGGCGAGUGGGACGAGUGCAGCCGCACCUGCGGGGGUGGCGGCACGGCCCAGCGGCGCCGCUCGUGCGACAGCCCUUCGCCCGCGCACGGGGGCCGGGCCUGCACGGGGCCCGACACGCAGGCCCGGCGCUGCGCCACCGAGCACUGCCCCGUGGACGGGAGCUGGGGAGCGUGGCAGAGCUGGGACGAGUGCUCCGCGUCAUGCGGCCGCGGCAAGCGGUCGCGCGUGCGCGAGUGCGACGCUCCGCCGCCCGCCCACCAUGGCCUGCCCUGCGCUGGCGAGGUCCUCCAGGUGUCCGAGUGCAACCCCCGGCCGUGCCUCGGUACGCGUCGCCCCGUGUCCCCCCGCCGCAUGGGUUCGAGUCCCAGCCGUGGGCAACAUUCCGCGUGCAGUGUGGCGGUGACGUGGCCCCCGGCGGUAGCGCGUCCGCCGCUCUUCGCGGUUGGAAUCCGCGAGGCCGCCCUGGUUAUGACUGCGGGCGUAUUGCCACACGAAUACGCGCUGUCUGCUUCACUCGCAGUAGACGUUAAAGAUUUCCUUCGACAUGAGGAGCCCGUUUUGUGCCGCAUAAUGCUGAAAACUUUGCCAAAUUUGGAUCGAAUCAGCCUUCACCAUGCACCGGCUUGCCAUUCCUGUUGUAACAGCCCCUUGCAAAAAGCACUUGCCUCUGCAUUCUGCAAGGCUGCUCGUGGCAUCUUUGUAUCUGUCGCGUGCGGCCGUGGCCGGGGCUGCGGUGUGGUGCGCCCAGAUUACCCGCCGCAAGUGCGGGGCAGCCUCAUCGGCCAGGUGAACGACGUGGAGUUCGGCGUGGCUCAGCUGCUCGCCAACGCGACGACGGACGAGUCGGGCGGCACGCGGAUCGUGGAGGCCUCCAUCUCCAACGUCCCGCCCGCCAUCGGCCCGGCGCUGCGGGUGCUGGUGUCGGUGCUCAGCUCCGUGUACUGGACGUCUGCGUUCGGGAACGAAGGCGCCCGGAACGGAUUCCAGCUCACGGGGGGCGCCUUCCGCCGUGACAGCCAGCUGGCGUUCUCCACCGGGGAGACGCUGCGGCUGACGCACGUUUCUCGGGGGCUCGACGCGGACGGGACGCUGCUGUUCGACUUGGUUCUCAACGGCUACCUCCCUUUGCUCGCCUCCUACGAUCACCUCUGCCCGUCGGAAUUCAGUGAGGAAUACAUCCAGACGGGGCCCGGCAAGAUCUUCUCCUACUCGGCCGGCUGGCCCGGGGGCCCGGCCAUCGUGAGCCAAGACGCAGCGGCGCCGGGCGGCGACUCUGAUGCCGAGUCGGGCGUGACGUGCGCGUGGAACCACACAACGGCGUUCGAGCCCACGCUGGGCCUCAUGACGUCGCCCGCGCAGACGCUGCGCGUCUCAGCGAUGGACUCGCGCUACGACGCCACGCGACAGCGGCUCACGUUCUCCCUGCAGGCCACGUUCGGCGAGGGAGAGAGCAAGGAUGGGUGUCCGCGUGGGUUUCUCUUCGACUCGGAGGGCCCAUACUGUGGAGACGUGGAUGAGUGUGCGCUCGCCCCUCCGUGCUCCCACCUGUGCCAAAACGCCGUGGGCACCUUCUCGUGCACCUGCCCGCGCGGCUACAUUGUGGCUCCGGAUGACCACACCUGUGUCGACGUGGACGAGUGCGUGGCGGGCACCCACAUGUGCCACCUGGGGCAGGACUGCGAGAACUCGGCCGGCUCGUACCGCUGCGUCGUGCGCUGCGGGCCGGGCUUCACGCGGACGCCCGACGGCACGCGAUGCAGAGCAUUCAUACUACCGGGUGAACAGAGGUGGCGGGGGGGGAGAGGGGGGAUUCCAGAAACUUGCCGCUUAUUUCAACCGCCGCGCCGGGAGAUGGAAUCGAUUUGGCGACUUCUGCGUCGCAAAUCCGGUGCAUCAACCGCGACACCGCGGGCUCCCCCUCCCGCGAGAUGCCCACCAACGCCCCCCCCAACCGAAGUGAAAAAUCCCCGUCCCUCGUUUUCCGCCUCUCCUUUCGUGCGCCGCGCCAUCCCUCCCGCCGCUCGGCUUCUCCGCGACUCCGGCCGCCGCCUCGCCGCUGCAGACGUGAACGAGUGCGAGGAGCUGGCGGAGGCGCCCUGCCAGCAGCGCUGCCUCAACGUCCUCGGCAGCUUCCGCUGCGCCUGCCUGCCGGGAUUCCUGAUGAGCGGCCACAAGUGCGUGGAGGUGGGAGAGUGCCGUGGGGGCCGCUGUGCCUCCAACCCUCUGUGCAAGGCGGCGCGUGGCGGCACGCGGUGCCUCUCGCCCUCCUCCUGCCCCGCCGGGACGCUGCGGGACCACAACGGCACCUGCCAGGACGUGGAUGAAUGCAGGGAGGGGACACACAGGUGCGCCUACAACCAGGUGUGCGAGAACACGCACGGGGGCCACCGCUGCAGCUGCCCCAGGGGAUACCGCUCCCAAGGCUCACGCUCGCCCUGCGCGGACAUCGACGAGUGCCAUCAGGCACCGCGGCCGUGCAUGCACCAGUGCCGCAAUUCGCCCGGCAGCUUCCACUGCGUCUGCCCCCCCGGUCAGCAUUUGCUCCCCGAUGGGCGAUCCUGCUCUGGGAGGAACGGCGGUGGCGGUGGCAGCAUCGGAGUGGGUGGCAUCGUGGACGUCCCAGCGGCAGUGUUGACGGUGCGGCAGGACAGGGGCGACGUAGUGCAGCUGCAGAACGCGGGGCAGCUGCUGGCGCUGCUGGGGUACGGCACGGGCGGGGGAAGCGUCCGCUCCGUGUCCACGCGCACCGUCGCCGAGCAGUGCCCCGAGGGGUACCGGGAGUACGGCACCAGCUGCCUCGACGUUGACGAGUGCCGGGAGGCGGACAGGUGCCAGCACGAGUGCAGGAACUCUCCCGGGAGCUUCUCCUGUCUCUGUCCUGGCGGAUACCGCCUCGCCACCAAUGGCCGGACCUGCCAGGAUGUUGACGAGUGCUCGGAGCAGAACGUCAAGUGCGGACCCAGUCGGAUGUGCUUCAACAUACGGGGCGGGUACCAGUGUGUGGACACCCCCUGCCCGUCGGGAUAUCAGAAGGACUCGUCCUCCAGCCACUGCGUGAGGUCCUGCCCGAGCACCAGCGACCUGGAGUGCACCUUCGUGCCCUUCGUGCUGGAGUACAAGCUGGUGUCGCUGCCCGCCGGGGUCCCCGCGGGCACCGACCUCAUCCGCCUGAGCGCCUUUACGCGCGCGGGCCGACCCCACACGCGCACCUCCUUCUACAGCAUGGAGCACGAGGCCACGUCGCCCUUCGGCGUGCGCGAGGAGGGAGCCUCCGUCGUCCCGGGCUUCUUUGGCUCGGCCAAUGGCGCUGGGGGCGGCAGUAACGGCGGCGGCCGCGCGAUAAUUUUUGCGCGCAAGGCCCUGCAGGACAACCGCAUUUACCGCCUCAAGGUGCGAGCGUUGUCCUUCAGCGAGACGGGGAAGGUGGACCAUCAGACCACGUUCGUGGUCAUAAUAUCCGUGGCUGCCUUCCCGUACUGAGAUCGUCAAAGCCACGCAGCCGGAUUCUCAGGAGCUUGCUGCAAGCAUCAGGAGCUUUGCUGCCGCAAAGAGUGGCAUGGAUGGCGUGGUUUUAUUGUAAUUUUUGUCAUUCACAAAGGGAGUUCUUUAUUAAACUCAGCAAUUUGAUUAUGAGUUUGAGCGCUCUAAAAAAAUGUAUUCCUUUAAACACAAUUGCUCCUAGAAAUUGUAAAAUGACAAAGUAUCCCUGACACUAGGGUAUUUAUAAUUAGUGCCUUUAUCAUGUCUGCCAUCGUGUAUUUUUUAUUGUAUUGAAGCCAAAUACUUUUAUUGGUGUCUUUAUCAUUUUAUUUUUCAUUCAAUUUAAUUUUCUAAAGUUUUCUAAAAAAAGAAACCAAUGUGAUGAAUGGUGUUAAAAGUGUUUAUAUCCUUUUAAAUCCCAGGUUACAAGGUGACAUGCCAAUUUCACCAUUCAGGUUUAUUAAUGUAUGCUUUUACUAAGUAUUAGUGGCUUUGGUUUUAAAAUUGUGCUGUGCGUUUGCAAUGGUUCAAGUGGAUGGUCAAUAGCAACCUAGGCUAACCAAGGGGUGACUUUUAAGACUAGUCACCUUGGGUACUACUCAUAAGUUAAGCAGGGGAUGCCACGCAGAGAUAUUGCUAUGUUCAUUUGGGAGACUUUGAGGUAGUGCUUUUUUAAUUCAUGCGAAUCACAUUUGUUCUUUCAUUUAGGAAGUGCGCUAGACCGUUACAUUAUGUUGUGACGCACGUCAACAUAAACUAAACCGGUUGUGGAGAGCGGGGGAAUAGAAAGAUGGGGAGCAGAGAUGCUGCCCCAAGUGAAUCACAUUUUUAUUUUAAAGACAGCUCGUGCAGUGAAGGGUGAUUAGUGUAUUUUUAUUUACCCAGGAGAACCCCAUUGAGUCAAAAGGGAAGGUCUUAUUGGACGAUUGUCAAAUCCUAUUUCAAGUGAUAAUUGUUUUCUUAUAUGAGGAGACAGGAGUGUCGGGAGAACACACACACACACAAAGUAUAGAACAUACCAAAAUAAAUCUACGACCUCUCGUAUUUUCACUUUCUGCCUUUGCUUGGCCUAAAACGGUCUUAGAGCAACACACUAAAUACCAAAAAAACACUAAAAAGUCCUUAUGUUGGCGUGGGGAGGAGGCCAGACAUUUGUUUGGUGGAGCACACUAGCCAAGCAAAUGCUGGUGGCCUUGUCUCAUUUAGCCACACUCUGAAAUUAGUACCAACUCUCCGACCCUCACUUAUCUCGCUCCUACCUCCACCUCCACAACCGUGGCUCGGACCCUUAUCACUUUUCGUUUCCUUUUCACUCGCAGCGCAGACGUGGCGGGAUUGUCGUAUUCACAUAAAAAGAGGAUGUAUUCAAGUCCGGUUAUGGCCCACUUUGAACCCCAGCCACUGCAAGUCUGCAAUAUGAUUUACAAUUAAUGGUGCUACGUAUUAUAUGACGGAUACCCCAAAAGAUGAAUUCCUUGUAUCUUAUAUAACUCUGUAUGUAACUGAUGCAAAUUAUUAUUUGUUUAUGCAUGGAAGUGCCAUGAACAUUUUCCUUUUUUCAACAUAGUCUCCGUCUUAUUAUAUAUUUUUGUACCAAAUGAGCACGGGAUAUGAUUUCGUCACGGUGAAAGGUUUCACCAGCGUCACGUGAACCAUUUGCCAACGGCUUCCUUACAGCGGUACCAUUUUAAAAUGACACUGCAACAGGGAGCCAGCCUUCAAAGGGGCCAAACAGGUCAAUAAUAAACAGAGGUUGCCGGAUAUGGGGCUGUGUGGUGGUGGUGAAUGGCGUGGCACAGUCCAGCCAAAUUGCCAUGGCCUCUGGCGUCCUUUGGCUUGCGAGUGGUCCGGAGUUGAUGUUGUGAGUGGGGGGAGGCCUCUUGCCAUGCAGACACACGUGCAUGAGAUUCGUGUCGUGGAAUAUCUUAGACUUUGCAUCGGUUUAUGGGAAUUAAUGAAUUGAAAUAAUAAGUAGGGGAGGCAUUACUUUUGGGCUAUUGUAAUAUAACACUGUGGAAUUGCCCCAUUGAAUACAAGGCACAGCACAACUAUACAUUUAUAUACAUCAUUUCAUUGUAACGUGGAAUUUGUAUAAUAUAUUGUUCAGUUACCAUGUUUUUUGUUUUGUACCUUUUUAUAAUGAAUAUACGUGUGGUUUGUAACAUUAAACACGCUUUAUUGUUUAA